GCGGGAGCAGUGAUUGGCGGCCCAGUCGGGUCCGCCCCUCGGCGUUGGGGGCGCGGGACGCCGAGACCCCGAGCAGCGCGCUGGGGUUGGGGCGCGCGGCUUCCACCGCCGGCGGGCGCGGGCUUCUGUUCUGGUGGCCUCGCUUGAUCGGGCCCGGCCUGCUCGCCUUCGGAGCCCCGUCUGCUCACGGAUGGGCUGGGGAAGUUGGGAGGAGCGAGCCGCAGCCCGCGUGGGGUGCGCCCAGCCGCUGCCUGAUUUGGCGCCCGCAGUACGGGCGCAGCGCGCCGGCCGCAGAAGCGCGGAUGUCCCCCGGAGCCACGGGUUGGCAGGUCUUGGAUCCUGAGGCUGCUGGCUGACUAUGGGUACGACGGCCAGCACAGCCCAGCAGACGGUCUCAGCCAGUGCCUCCUUUGAGGGACUCCAGAGUGGCGGCACAAUGGACGGGCGGCACUCACUCAGUGUCCAUUCCUUCCAGACCACGGGCUUGCACAACAGUAAGGCCAAGUCCAUCAUCCCCAACAAGGUGGCCCCCGUCGUGAUCACGUACAACUGCAAGGAGGAGUUCCAGAUCCAUGAUGAGCUGCUCAAGGCGCAUUACACGCUGGGCCGGCUCUCGGACGCCACCCCUGAGCACUACCUGGUUCAGGGACGCUACUUCCUCGUGCGGGAUGUGGCUGAGAAGAUGGACGUGCUGGGCACUGUGCGGAGCUGUGGGGCUCCCAACUUCCGGCAGGUGCGGGGCGGGCUCACCGUGUUUGGCAUGGGGCAGCCCAGCCUCUCAGGUUUCAAGCAGGUCCUCCAGAAACUCCAGAAGGACGGACACAAGGAGUGUGUCAUCUUCUGUGUGCGGGAGGAACCUGUGCUAUUUCUGCGUGCUGAUGAGGACUUCGUGCCGUACACACCUCGAGACAAGCAGAGCCUUCAUGAGAACCUCCAGGGCCUUGGACCAGGGGUCCAGGCAGAGAGCUUAGAGCUGGCCAUCCGGAAAGAGAUCCAUGACUUUGCCCAGCUGAGCGAGAACACAUACCACGUGUACCACAACACUGAGGACCUGUCAGGGGAGCCCCACGCCGUGGCUAUCCGGGGUGAGGAUGAUGUGCACGUGACCGAGGAGGUGUACAAGCGGCCCCUCUUCCUGCAGCCCACCUACAGGUACCACCGCCUGCCCCUGCCAGAGCAAGGGGCCCCCCUGGAAGCCCAGUUUGAUGCCUUUGUCAGUGUCAUCCGGGAGACCCCCAGCCUGCUGCUGCUUCGAGAUGCCCGUGGUCCUCCCCCUGCUCUCCUCUUCAGCUGCCAGACGGGUGUGGGCAGGACCAACCUGGGCAUGGUCCUGGGUACCCUCAUCCUGUUUCACCACAGUGGGACUGCCUCCAGGCUGGAGCCUGCCCCCUCGAAGACCAAGCCGCUGUCCAUGGAGCAAUUCCAGGUGAUCCAGAGCUUCCUCCACACUGUGCCCCAGGGAAGGAAGAUGGUGGAGGAGGUGGACAGAGCCAUCACGGCCUGUGCUGAGUUGCACGACCUGAAGGAAGUAGCCUUGGAAAACCAGAGGAAGCUGGAAGGCAUCCGGCCCGAGAGCCCAGCCCAGGUCCUUUUCUCUCAGGGACACAACAGCCAGCACAGUGUCCGGCAGAAGGCGCUGCAGAGCCUGGAGCAGUACUUCUACCUGAUCCUGUUUAACUACUAUCUCCAUGAGCAGUACCCGCUGGCCUUUGCCCUCAGUUUCAGCCGCUGGCUGUGUGCCCACCCUGAGCUGUACCGCCUGCCUGUGACACUGAGCUCAGCAGGGCCUGUGGCCCCUGGGGUUCUCAUCGCCCAGGGCUCCCUGGGGGCGGAUGACCUCAUCUCCCCAGAUGCACUUAGCACCGUCAGAGAGAUGGACGUGGCCAACUUCCGGCGGGUGUCCCGAAUGCCCAUCUAUGGCACAGCCCAGCCCAGUGCCAAGGCCCUGGGGAGUAUCUUGGCCUACUUGACGGAUGCCAAGAGGAAGCUGCGGCAGGUUGUUUGGGUCAACCUGAGAGAGGAGGCUGUGCUGGAGUGUGAUGGGCACACCCACAGCCUGCGGUGGCAUGGGCCCCCCAUGACAGCUGACCAGCUGGAGAACCUGGAGACCCAGCUGAAGGCCCACCUGAGCAUGCCUCACCCAGGUGAGGAGGGCCCACGGACCCACAGGUUCCAGACGUGCCUCACCAUGCAGGAAGUCUUCAGCCGGCACCGCAGGGCCUGCCCCGGCCUCACCUACCACCGCAUUCCCAUGCCAGACUUCUGUGCCCCCCGCGAGGAGGAUUUUGAUCGGCUGCUUGAGGUCCUGCGGGCUGCCCUCGCCAAGGAUGCGGGCACCGGCUUUGUGUUCAGCUGCCUCAGCGGCCAGGGCCGGACCACGACCGCCAUGGUGGUGGCUGUGCUCGCCUUCUGGCACAUCCGAGGCUUUCCCGAGGUGGGCGAGGAAGAGCUCGUGAGUGUGCCUGAUGCCAAAUUCACCAUGGGGGAGUUUGAGGUGGUGAUGAAGGUGGUGCAGCUGCUGCCUGAUGGGCACCGCGUGAAGAAAGAGGUAGAUGCAGCGCUGGACACUGUCAGUGAGACCAUGACGCCCAUGCACUACCACCUGCGGGAAAUCAUCAUCUGCACCUACCGCCAGGCGAAGGCAGCCAAGUCGGAGCAGGAGGCCCAGAGGCUGCAGCUGCGGAGCCUGCAGUACCUGGAGCGCUACGUGUACCUGGUGCUCUUCAACGCUUACCUCCACCUGGAGAAGGCCGACUCCUGGCAGAGGCACUUCAGCACCUGGAUGCGGGAGGUGGCGUCAAAGGCCGGAGUCUAUGAGAUCCUCAACCAGCUGGGCUUCCCCGAGCUCGAGAGUAUGGAGAACCAGCCUUUCUCAAGUCUGCGCUGCCGGUGGCAGGAGCAGAGCCACAGCCUGGAGCCCUUCGCUGCUGGGGACUUCCUGUAGGAUGUGCUGUCCCUGCCCCUGCCCCUUGCCACAGGGCCUCACAAAGUCUGGGGGCACCCAAGGUGCUCUUCACUGAGAUGGCCCUGAGGAAGUGGUCCCCCAGCUUCCCAGAGAAACUUGGGGUUGGGUUGAGACCCCUUUUUUGAAAGAGCUUUUUAUAGAACAGUUCAUACACAGUCAUACCUUGUAAAUGACAGGCAUGUGGCCAGUGCCCAAGAGGGCCCCGUAUGUAUGCCUUGCAGACAGCGCUGGCCUCAGCCCUCCAAGGAGCUCACUUCCCAAGUUCCAGACAAAGCUACUUGCUGCUUGUACUUCCAUCCUCUUCUUCGGGUCCCCUCUCAGAGUGUCUGACAAGCCCCAGGUGCAGAGCAGCCGGCCAGUGUUGAUCUCCUUCUCUUUCAUUCUUUCUCUGCUCUCCCUCUCGGCUUCUCCACUUCAGCUGCCUGAGUAGUACCUUGGGGCCCCGUCUCCCUGGGGAGUGGACAGCACUCUGGGUGGAUUCGUUACUUUAAAGGCAGCUGUACUCAGUUUCCUUGCCUUUCAUGCCCCAUCUCCAACCUGGAGACUUCAAGAAGGACGACCACAUGGCCUGGUAGGUCCCGUGGAGUCCUCUACCUUUCCGUCCUUCCCCCUUACCCCUCCCCUGGGGCUGGCAGGACCGUGGAGUUUUCUAAGGAGCUGGAAACAGCUGGAAACAUCAGGGAGCCCUUUCAGGGGAAGGAGAGCGCCCAGAAGAUGGGUGCAGGCCUGUGGAAGAGGCCAGCGCCAUUUGCCUGGGAGCCCAGGUGGGAGGUGCUCAGGAAGCCAAAGCCCCCAGCUAUGGGUCCCUCUGCACCUCCUCCCUGCCCACCAGCCCAAGAUGCCCCCCCCAGGGUUGCUGGGUGACCUGAAGGAACAGUGGAGGGUGUGAGAGUGGGCUGAAGAUGGUGUGAGGGUCACCUGGAUUCCAGAUCAUCCUUACUGAGGACCAUUGAGCUGCCGUCUAUUGGGAGCAGAAGGGGCUGAAUGCUGCUGAGUUAGAGGCCUCCAGGACCCGCUGUGUCCAGACAGUGGGAAAGCUGCCUGGAAGAGGCAGGAGAAGUUGAGCCUUGCAGCUCUGGGAACUGGUGAAACCCAGGGGCUGCACGGGGGAGGCAGGGGUUUCCUCUGCUGAAACCCAGGGGCUGCAUGGGGGAGGCAGGGGUUUCCUCUGCUGAAACCCAGGGGCUGCACGGGGGAGGCAGUCCACCUGGGUUGGCCUGUUGGGGCCAGGGAGGCCUCUCUUUGGUUGGGUGCAUGCUCUUCUGUGGGAAAACAAGUGGAUGUGUCCAUAGUCAUAUUUGAAAAGGGGAGAAGAGGCUGACGUUGUUCAUAGCUACCUAGUAUUGGAAAUUAUUUGACCAUCUUAGCUGAACUCUUUUGCAAAACUACUGUAUGCCUGUUCACUACCUUUUCACAUUGGUUUUCAUUUUUAUUAUUUUUGCAUGUGUUAAAAGUUUUCAUUUCUUUGCAGACAAAGUCUAGGUGAGGGGGUCAGAGAUCGGAGCUGAACUGGGAGAUAGACUUUGGAUUCUCGUAGUCAGCUCUGACUUUCAAACUGUGCUGGAACCACUGGCCAGUUACGUCACCUCUCUGCCUCAGUUUUACCAUCUGUAAAAUGGGAGAAUAAUACUUGCCUACCUACCUCACAGGGGUGUUGUGAGGAUUCAUUUGUGAUUUGUUUUGUUUUGUUUUGUUGUACAGACCUUUUGAGCAUUAAAAACAGCUAAAUGUAAAGUGCA